CCCCCCACCGAGCUCACUCACUCUCCUCAUCCUCUGCUCUGACUCUCUUGCGCGCGUUGUAGCUCAGCGGACACACAAGAACCUUUCCUCUGUCUCCUCUCUUCUCCUCUCACUUGUCCUCAAGUCUGUUCAUUCUUUAUUUUAUUUUUAUUCUUUUUAUUUCAUUUCCCACUCCUCAAACCACUCAACUUGUGUCGGGGGACAUUAGUUGGCGGGUCCCCGAAAGUGUGUGCUUGAGUGUGUGUGAGUGUGUAUGUGUUAGUUCUGGGGGGGAUUUUCGACAUGGAAGCAGUGGCACUGUACAUGUUUCGUGCCACUGAAGGCGAUGAACUCAGUUUCAACAAAGGGGACUUGCUGAAGAUCACCAACAUGGAGGAUGAUCCUAACUGGUACACAGCUGAGCUGCACAACAGAAAAGGCUUUGUGCCAAAAAACUACAUCAACCUGCGGCCACAUGCCUGGUUUGCAGGUCGCAUAUCUCGUGGCGUAGCUGAAAGUCGGCUGCGACACAGGGAGUGUGGAGCUUUUCUGGUCAGAGAGAGUGAAAGUGCUCCAGGAGAGUUCUCCAUGUCUGUGAGUUAUGGGGAUCACGUCCAGCAUUUCAAGGUGCUGCAGGAUCACUGUGGUCAGUACUACGUGUGGGACGAGCGCUUCUCCUCGCUCAACGAACUUGUGGAGUUCUACCAUAGCAACAGCAUCGCCAAGGAGAGGAACGUCAUUCUAAGAGAUCCCGAGCACUUUGCCAGGCGUCCCCAUCACGCGCACGCCCUCUUCGACUUCGCCCCACACCACCCUUCGCAACUACGCUUCCUGCGUGGCGACGUCAUCGAACUCAUCGACUGCUCCGACUCGGUCCGCUGGAGGGGCCGCUGCCACGGGCACGUGGGCUACUUCCCGCCAGAGUACGUCCAGCCAGUUUACCACUGCCAAUGAACUGAAGCGGUCAAUCGAAGCGCAGGGUCCAGUCCUGCAGGUUCUUCACUGAGCCGCCCUGGCCCCGCUCUUCUCACUUGCCCAUUCAUUUUUUGGAGCAGACCACCCGACAAGCUGCUGUUGAACUGGUCAUGUAUUUAUGACCCCUCCCAUUUUCCUGUGAUGUCAUAUGUCAGUCACAUGUUGCAGCAGAUUCAAUACAAUUUCUCUUAAAUCAUUAAGGAAAAAAAAAAAGAAAUCCAGAUGUGGGGCCUAUACACUGUGGAGAAUACAACACUGGCUCACAAGCACACACAUACACACACACACACACGCACACACAAAUGAGGAGUGGGCAGCCCACAGGAGCUUGUGGAGCUUCUACGGUCACAGUUUUCUCCACUUCACAUGAGUCAGGAUUUGCUCCAGUGCACUGCAGCUGUUCCCACGCGGAGAUCCAGUGAGCCGAGAGGAGAGACACACAGUCAUCGUGUUGUGGAGGUGUGAGUGUCUGUGAACACUCAGUGGAACCUGACACAGCACAUUCCUUUUCCCUUCUAAGGUGAUGUGUGUGUGUUUUUAAAAUGUUCUGCUGAACUUGCAUACUUUAUUAAAGCUUGUGUUUAUGGUAUAAAAAUGUGAGUGUGUGAGUGUGUGUGUAAGAGUCCGGGGAUGCUGGUUAUGACUGUGUGUGCUUGUGUGUAGGGAGGUCACUGUGUUCCAGUGACCAGUGAGAUGUUCACAGGCCAGACGUCACACUCUUUGUUUUAUAAUACUUAAAUGCUUAAAAUGUAAUGCUCAUCUGAAUUUAUGGAUCAGUCAUUCAUUUCUAUGUAUUUAUUCUUAUUCAUGUAAAACCUUAGAGUACAUAUAAUACAAGUAAGAGGAAACAUUGUGUAACGAUGUUGUUUCUAUCGCAAAACAAGUUUGAAGAAAAACACAUUUUACGAGAUUAACGGUGAGAACUUGGACCAGUCUUCCUUUACGUGUAAUGACAAGUCAUUGAAAUAAAGUUAUACAUUUACCUA